CCGCAGCGCGACAUCCAGGUUAAAGUCCCCUGCGCCGCGUAGCGCCGCGCGCCGCGGACGGGACUCCGCGCCGCGAGUGCGAGUGCCAGUGUUGAGUGCAUGAAUGUGUCUGUGAAUACGAAUCUGUGAAUAAGUGCCUGUGCUAGUGCCGGUGGCCGGCGCGAUGCUCAAGAACAUGCCGCUCUUCAACAAGCGGAGCGCCAAGAAGGAGGCCGACUCUGUGCCCGUGCUGGGCGGGCUGGGCGACACCAACGGCCACAACGGCGACCUGGAUGGUGGCCGCUACGGCGGCGAGCGAGAGCUGCUGCACAACCAGUCCGCACCGCCGACUCCUCAGCGGCAGCCCCUCGUCUUCCACUGCCAGCAAGCCCACGGCUCCCCCACUGGACUAAUUUGUGGCUUCUCCACCGUCAGGGAGCUCUACCAGAAGAUCUCCGAGUGCUACGACUUCCCUCCGGACGAUAUCUUGUUCUGCACGCUCAACACCCACAAGGUGGACAUGACGAAGCUACUCGGCGGCCAGAUAGGACUGGAUGACUUCAUUUUCGUACACAGAAAAGGUCGGCCGAAGGAAAUCGAGAUUACGAAAACAGAGGACGCGCUGGGGCUGACCAUCACCGACAACGGGUCGGGCUACGCCUUCAUCAAGAGGAUAAAGGAGGGCAGCAUCAUAGACUCUUUGCAAUACGUCCAAGUGGGAGACCACAUCGAAAAAAUUGACCGUGUGUCGGUCGUGGGCAGAAGGCACUUCGAAGUCGCUCGCAUGCUCAAGGAGAUCCCCAAGGGUGCCACAUUCACCCUCAGGCUGGUGGAGCCCCUCAAGGCUGGUUUCUCAAACAUUGGGCCGCGGUCGGGGCCUCGACAGAGCAAGGGCUAUGGCAACGGGAAGGGGACCCUUCGCCUUCGCGGGAACGGCCCCGCUCAAAUCGAAGAAUUGCCUGAUGCCUCAAUGCAGCUAGCCAUCGACAACAUAAACGCCUCAUUGGAGAAUUUCAUGGGAAUCAAUGACACCGAAUUGGCCACUCAAAUUUGGGAAAAGGCCGAAGGGAAGUCCAAUAGCAUGGAUUUUGCUGAAGCCAUCGACAACUCAGACCUGGAGGAGUUUGGCUUUACGGAUGAUUUUAUCAUUGAACUGUGGGGAAUGAUAACAGAUGCAAGGGAUGGUAGGCUGAAGCCAAAAUAAAAGUUGUUAUCAAUUAGGACUAUAUCCCAUGGAACCUCUGCUGAGCUAGUAAUAUUUUCUGGCUUCUAUGAAAAAAUACUUAAAAUUAUAAGUACCCAUGAAGUGAGUGUUUGUUGCCCAAGGCAUGACAUAUCAACUGACCUCGCUUAUAAAUUGAAUUUCCUCCUUGAUGCUCCUAGCUGUACACUGGCAGGACACUUUGAACCAAAGUCAAACAGCAUAAUUUUAGCACUCUCAGAACAGUAGUCAGAACAAUACCAAAAACAGCAGAGCGUACUGGGUCAAAAAAUGAAAUCUAUUGGUACAGUAUCAAGAAGGGGAAAUGUCAAAUCCCAAGAUUGUGUUAUUUAUAUUGUGUUCUUAAAUUAGUUUACUGUAUGUAAUUUUUGUUAUAACAAGUGCCAUUUUUAGUAAAGAAAUGAACUGUUCCAGCACAAGGGCAACCAGUAAGAGUAAUAAAAUCAUUUGUGCAUAUCCAAUAAUUAUUCUUGAAAGGCAGCUGGCUUUGGCUAUGAGCUUAAUUAUGAGUACUUUGAUCAACAGAUUAUCCAGAAUGUAUUUGGAUCAGUAGUGCUGCCAUCUUAGAACAGUGGGCUUUCCACACCUCUGGCCAUUUCUACUGUGUAAGAAAAAUGAAAAAUGAACUGGUAACAUUGAUGCUACCAAACAGUCAUUACCCAAUGCCUUUCUGUGUCUUAAAUUUUUAUCUUAAACAAAUUUGUAUUGUACAUAUUUUUUGUUUGAUUGUCAAUUCUGUGAAGUAUACAAAAUUAAAAGUAAAGAAGUAUGUGGGCAGUUAAGUUAAACAGAUCAGAGAUAAAAACAAUAAUUGUGAUUAUUCCGAGCGACCAAAGGAUGUACAGAGUCUGACGACUCUAAGUGUGAAAUAUUGUGUACAUAUUUAAUUGUGCUAUCAUUAAAUUUAUUAAGUAUCUA